AUGACAACGACCCAUGUUGAAACACCAAAAGCCGACGGGGAGGGAAGAGAGCGCAAAAGCCGAAGCGGGCCACAGAGGCAGAGAGACAACGACACUGCCAGGCAGCAGGCGCCAGCAGCCAGCGAGGGGCGACCCACGCGAGAACAACCGGAAGCACCGCACAGGGGUCCCCAGCAGACGAAAGCGCGGCGCAGCAGCAGACGUCUAAACUCGCAGAGCGAAACGUCCCUGGCGAGAAAAACAGGAAAGACGGCGCGCGCCGCGGGAUCGUCGAAAGCGCUCGCCCCAUAUACAGCUGGCCCCCUCUACCUCAUUUCCCUCUCUCGCUCUUUCUCUCUCCUCUCUCCCCCCCUCUACCAAUCCCUCCAUCUCUCCUCUUUCUCUCUCCCUCUCUCUCCCCCCUCUACCUCCCUCCCUCUCUCCUCUUUCUGCUCCCCCCCACUCUCCCACCACCCCAGGGGUAUAGCCCUUGACUGACAUAGUUCUCCAGUGGGAGCCAUGUUUCCUCAGUGUGAUCUGCGUCCCAUUUGAGACUCAGAGCAUGUGUCCCUCAGCAGUUGUAGCCAGGCCAGUAUAAAUCUAAAAUGUGUUAAUCAUGUCCUUACAUGGACGGCCUCAUCCAGUCUCAUCCGCUUCACCCUUGGUCCCAUUCACAUCCACCUCCAAGAGGAAAUACUUUACCAUGGAUGCUUCCCGCUAGCUCUGGUCCAGGGCGUUAGUGUGGCUGAGACUUCUUCAACGUUAGCAAGCUGCAGCAACAGCCUGGACCAGAGCUAGCUUCCCUCAUGCUUGUGAUCUCAACACUGACUGGCUGUAUGCAAUAUAUUUGUGAAUAACACUGACUGGCUGUAUGCAGUAUAUUUGUGAAUAGCGGUCAUUGGAAAGAAGUGGAGGGCUCUCAACCAAAACAUUUCAUCAUCUAUGAACAGGAAAAGGCCAAUGAACAAAUGGCGGUUAUUAGAAGAUAAAUAUAGAUGGUAAAUUAAUAGGACUCUAUAUCAGUAGAUAGUACUCAUUGUUUUAAUAAGGAUCGGAACCCUGUUUUUCAAUUUUCGCCUAAAAUGACAUACCCAAAUCUAACUGCCUGUAGCUCUGGACCUGAAGCAAGGAUAGGCAUAUUCUUGAAACCAUUUGAAAGGAAACACUUUGAAGUUUGUGGAAAUGUGAAAUUAAUGUAGGAGAAUAUAACACAUUGGCUCUGGUAAAUGAUAAUACAAACAAAAAAACAUACGUUUAAUAUUAUUAUUUUCUUCUGUUCCAUCAUCUUUGAAAUGCAAGAGAAAGGCCACAAUAUAAUAUUGUAGUUUAGGCACAAUUCAGAUUUUGGCCACUAGAUGGAAGCAGUGUGUGUGCAAAGUUUCAGAUUGAUCCAGUGAAGCAUUGCAGUACUGGACUAUUUUGUAUCAAGUCUGCCCAAAUGUGCCGAAUUGGUCAAUUGAUACAUUCUCAAGUACAUAACUAUAGAGAAUAUAGAAAAUGAUAUGGUAAUACAAAAUGUAAGUUUACACACUUCCAGGAAUGUCAUACAUGAUGGAUCAUUAGCUUAUACACUAACUUUGACACAUCUAGAUGGCCGGGCGGAGUGGGUGUGGAGCCAGAGACAGCAAGGGGUCAAACUGUAGAACCCAGUUCCUACAUUUGAAUAUAAAAAUUGAUUUUAUCAAACAAAACUAUGCUACAUUUUAUCUCUGGGACCCUCAAGAUGACAAAUCAGAGCAAGAUUAUUGAAUGUAAGUACAUUAUUUACCUUCAGAGGUGAAUGUGGUCCUCUGUAGCUCAAUUGGUAGAGCACGGCGCUUGUAACGCCAGGGUAGUGGGUUCGAUCCCCGGGACCACCCAUACACAAAAAUGUAUGCACGCAUGGCUGUAAGUCUCUUUGGAUAAAAGCGUAUGCUAAAUGGCAUAUUAUUAAUGUAUCAAACCAGUUGCCAUGAUAAGUUCUUUGUUGUUGUGCACUCUCCUCAAACAAUAGCAUGCUAUUUUUUCACUGCAAUAGCUACUGUAAAUUGGACAGUGCAGUUAGAUUAACAAGAAUUUAAGCUUUCUGCCCAUAUAAGACAUGUCUAUGUCCUGGAAAGUUUGCUGUUACUUACAACAGUCAUGCUGAUCACGUUAGCGCACGUUAGCUCAACCAUCCCAUAUACGGGACACCGAUCCCGUAGAGGUUAAAGCUAUAUCAGUAGAUAGUACUCAUUGUGUUAAAGAUAUAUCAGUAGAUAAUAAUAAUAAUAAUAAUAAUAAUAAUAAUAAUAAUAAUAAUAGUAGAUAGUACUCAUUGUGUUAAUAAUAAUAAGCCAUUUAGCAGACGCUUUUAUCCAAAGCGACUUACAGUCAUGCGUGCAUACAUUUUUGUGUAUUGGUGGUCCCGGGGAUCGAACCCACUACCUUGGCGUUACAAGCGCCGUGAUCUACCAGCUGAGCUACAGAGGACCACCAAUACAGAGGACCAGUGUUGAAACUAUAUACAGUGCAUUCGGAAACAGAAACAGAAACAGAAACAGAGACAGAGACAGAGACAGAAACAGACAGAGUCAAAUAAAGUCAAUCACUGCAUUGCACUGACCCAGUACUACAUUCACCCAGGCAUCUCAGACUACCAGCACUGCCUCUGCUUCCCUCUAGUGUUGUAACUGAGAACUACAACUUUCAUAAUGACGUCAAAGGAAAUUAUAAUUGUCACAUGCUUCGUAAACAACAGGUGUAAACUAACAGUGAAAUGCUUACUUACGGGCCUUCCCAACAAUGCAGAAUACAAUAAAUAAAAAAUUAUAAUAAUAGAAAAAAAGUUGUAACAACAUAAAUAAAUUAAUACAGAAUGAGCAAUGACAACAUGGCUAUAUACAGGAAGUACCAGGUAAUAACAUGGCUAUAUACAGGGAGUACCAGGUAAUAACAUGGCUAUAUACAGGAAGUACCAGGUAAUAAUAUGGCUAUAUACAGGAAGUACCAGGUAAUAACAUGGCUAUAUGCAUGAAGUACCAGGUAAUAAUAUGGCUAUAUACAGGAAGUACCAGGUAAUAACAUGGCUAUAUACAGGAAGUACCAGGUAAUAACAUGGUUAUAUACAGGAAGUACCAGGUAAUAACAUGGUUAUAUACAGGAAGUACCAGGUAAUAAAAUGGAUAUAUACAGGAAGUACCAGGUAAUAACAUGGCUAUAUACAGGAAGUACCAGGUAAUAACAUGGUUAUAUACAGGAAGUACCAGGUAAUAACAUGGCUAUAUACAGGAAGUACCAGGUAAUAACAUGGUUAUAUACAGGAAGUACCAGGUAAUAACAUGGCUAUAUACAGGAAGUACCAGGUAAUAACAUGGCUAUAUACAGGAAGCACCAAGGUAAUAAAUAUGGCUAUAUACAGGAAGUACCAGGUAAUAACAUGGUUAUAUGCAGAAGUACCCGGUAAUAACAUGGCUAUAAAGGGAAUACCAGGUAAAUAACAUGGCUAUAUACAGGAAGUACCAGGUAAUUAAUAUGGCUUAUACAGGAAGUACCAGGUAAUAAUAGGGCUAUAUACAGGACAGUACAGGUAAAAUAUGGCUAAAAUUUCAGGAAGUACCAGGUAAUAACAUGGCUAUGUGCAUGAAAGUACCAGGUAAAAACAUGGCUAUAUACAGGGAAGUACCAGGUAAUACUAGGCUAUAUACAGGAAGUAAACCAAAGGUAAUAACAUGGCUAUAUACAGGAAGUACCAGGUAAUAACAGGUAUAUACAGGGAGAUACCAGGGUAAUUAAUAUGGCUAUAAACAGGGAAGGUAACCAGGUAAUAACCAUGGCUAUAUACAGGAAGUACCAGGUAUAACAUGGCUAUAUACAGGGAGUAACCAGUACUGAGUCAAUAUACAGGGGUACCCAGGUAAUAACAUGGCUAUAUACCGGGAAGGGUACCAGUGUAAUAAACAUGGCUAUAUACAGGGAAGUACCAGGUAAUAACAUGGCUAUAUACAGGAAGUACAGGUAAUAACAUGGCUAUAUACAGGAAGUACCAGGUAAUAAUAUGGCUAUAUACAGGACAGUACCAGGUAAUAACAUGUCUAUAUACAGGGGAGUACCAGGUAAUAACAUGGCUAUAUACAGGGAGUACCAGCUAAUAACAUGUUAAUAUACAGGAGUAGUACCAGGUAAUAACAGGCUAUAUACAGGGAGUACCAGGUAAUAACAUGGCUAUAUACAGGGGUACCAGCUAAUAACAUGUUAUAUACAGGGAGUACCAGGUAAUAACAUGGCUAUAUACAGGGAGUACCAGGUAAUAACAUGGCUAUAUACAGGGAGUACCAGGUAAUAACAUGGCUAUAUACAGGGAGUACCAGGUAAUAACAUGGCUAUAUACACAGGGUACCAGUACCAAGUUGAUGUGCAGGGGUAUGAGAUAGUUGAGGUAGCUAUGUACAUAUAGCUAGGGGUAAAAUGACUAGACAACAGGAUAGAUAAUAGACAGUAGCAGCAGUAUACUGUAGGCAGGGGGUAAAAUGACUAGACAAACAGGAUAGAUAAUAGACAGUAGCAGCAGUACUGUAGGUAGGGGGGUAAAGUGACUAGACAACAGGAUAGAUAAUAGACAGUAGCAGCAGUAUCCUGUAGGUAGGGGUAAAGUGACUAGGCAACAGGAUAGAUAAUAGACAGUAGCAGCAGUAUACUGUAGGUAGGGGUUAAGUGACUAGGCAACAGGAUAGAUAAUAGACAGUAGCAGCAGUAUACGUAGGUAGGGUAAACAGUACAGUUAUACUGUAGGUAGGGGUAAAGUGACUAGGCAAACAGGAUAGAUAAUAGACAGUCAGCCAGCAGUAUACUGUAGGUAGGGGUAAAGUGACUAGACAACAGGAUAGAUAAUAGACAGUAGCAGCAGUAUACUGUAGGUAGGGGUAAAGUGACUAGACAACAGGAUAGAUAAUAGACAGUAGCAGCAGUAUACUGUAGGUAGGGGUUAAAGUGACUAGAAAACAGGAUAGAUAAUAGACAGUAGCAGCAGUAUACUGUAGGUAGGGGUUAAAGUGACUAGACAACAGGAUAGAUAAUAGACAGUAGCAGCAGUAUACUGUAGGUAGGGGUAAAGUGACUAGGCAACAGGAUAGAUAAUAGACAGUUAGCAGCAGUAUACUGUUAGGUAGGGGUUUAAAGUGACUAGGCAACAGGAUAGAUAAUAGACAGUUAGCAGCAGUAUUUACUGUAGGUAGGGGUAAAGUGACUAGGCAACAGGAUAGAUAAUAGACGUAGCAGCAGUAUACUGUAGGUAGGGGUAAAGUGACUAGGCAAACAGGAUAGAUAAUAGACAGUAGCAGCAGUAUACUGUAGGUAGGGGUAAAGUGACUAGGCAACAGGAUAGAUAAUAGACAGUAGCAGCAGUAUACUGUAGGUAGGGGUAAAGUGACUAGACAACAGGAUAGAUAAUAGACAGUAGCAGCAGUAUACUGUAGGUAGGGGUAAAGUGACUAGACAACAGGAUAGAUAAUAGACAGUAGCAGCAGUAUACUGUAGGUAGGGGUAAAGUGACUAGACAACAGGAUAGAUAAUAGACAGUAGCAGCAGUAUACUGUAGGUAGGGGUAAAGUGACUAGACAACAGGAUAGAUAAUAGACAGUAGCAGCAGUAUACUGUAGGUAGGGGUAAAGUGACUAGACAAACAGGAUAGAUAAUAGACAGUAGCAGCAGUAUACUGUAGGUAGGGGGUAAAGUGACUAGACAACAGGAUAGAUAAUAGACAGUAGCAGCAGUAUACUGUAGGUAGGGGUAAAGUGACUAGACAACAGGAUAGAUAAUAGACAGUAGCAGCAGUAUACUGUAGGUAGGGGUAAAGUGACUAGACAACAGGAUAGAUAGGACUAGACAACAGGAUAGAUAAUAGACAGUAGCAGCAGUAUACUGUAGCUAGGGGUAAAAUGACUGGCAACAGGAUAGAUAAUAGACAGUAGCAGCAGCGUUUGUGAUGAGUGUGGAAGUGUGGAAGUGGUGAAUAUGUGCCUGUGUGGACGUGUUACGUGUGAGUGAGUGAGUGUGUAUGUGUGAGUGAGUGAGUGAGUAUGUAUGAGUGAGUGAGUGUGUAUGUAUGAGUGAGUGAGUGUGUAUGUGUGAGUGAGUGAGUGUGUAUGUAUUGAGUGAGUGGAGUGUGUAUGUGUGAGUGAGUGAUGUGUUAUGUAUGAGGUGAGUGCGUGAGUGAGUAUGUAUGAGUGAGUGGGGUGUAUGUUUGAGUGAUGUUGAGGUGUAUGUAUGUGUGAGUGAGUGAGUAUGUAUGAGUGAGUGAGUGUGUAUGUAUGGAGUGAGUGAGUGUGUAUGUAUGAGUGAGUGAGUGAGGUAUGUAUUGAGUGAGUGAGUGAGUGAGUAUGGACGUGAGUGGUGUGUAUGUAUGAGUGAGGGGAGUGAGGUGUAUGAGUGAGUGAGUGAGUAUGUAUGGUGAGUGAGUGAGAUGUAUGAGUGAGUGAGUGUGAGUAUGAGGAGGAGUGGUAUGUAUGAGUGAGUGAGUGAGUAUGUAUGAGUGUUGGAGUGUCAUUGUAAGUAUGUGUGAGUGAGUGAGUGAGUAUGUAUGAGUGAGUGAGUGUGUAUGUAUGUGUGAGUGAGUGAGUGAGUAUGUAUGAGUGAGUGAGUGUGUAUGUGUGAGUGAGUGAGUGUGUAUGUAUGAGUGAGUGAGUGAGUAUGUAUGAGUGAGUGAGUGUGUAUGUGUGAGUGAGUGAGUGUGUAUGUGUGAGUGAGUGAGUGAGUAUGUAUGAGUGAGUGAGUGUGUAUGUAUGAGUGAGUGAGUGUGUAUGUAUGAGUGAGUGAGUGAGUAUGUAUGGAGUGAGUGUGUAUGAGAGUGAGUGAGUGAGAGUGAGGAUGAGUGAGUAUGUAUGAGUGGAGGGAGUGUGUAUGUAUGAGUGAGUGAGUGAGUAUGUAUGAGUGAGUGAGUGGUAUGUUGAGUGAGUGGUGUGUAUGUGUGAGUGGUGGGUGUGUAUGUAUGUGUGAGUGAGGAGUAUGUAUGAGUAAAGUGAGUGUGUAUGUAUGAGUGAGUGAGUGAGUAUGUAUGGGGUGAGUGAGUGUGUAUGUAUGAGUGAGUGAGUGUGGUAUGUAUGAGUGAGUGAGUGGAUGUAUGAGUGAGUGAGUGAGUAUGUAUGAGUGAGGGUGGUAUGUAUGAGUGGGGUGAGUGUGUAUUUUGGGGUGAGUGAGGUGUGUAUGUAUGAGUGAGUGAGUGUGUAUGUGUGAGUGAGUGAGUGUGUAUGUAUGAGUGAGUGAGUGAGUAUGUAUGAGUGAGUGAGGGUGAAUGUGAGUGAGUGAGUGGUGUGUAUGUAGGGAGUGAGUGAGUGAGAUGUAUGAGUGAGUGAGUGAGUAGUUGUUGAGUGAGUGAGUGUGAUGUUGAGUGAGUGAGGAGUAUGUAUGAGUGAGUGAGUGGGUUGAGUGAGGAGUGAGUAUGUAUGAGUGAGUGAGGAGUUUGUUGGUGAGUGGGGUGUGUAUGUAUGGUGAGUGAGUGAGUAUUUUGUGGAGGGUGAGUUUUUGAGUGAGUGAGUGGUGGUGAGUGAGUGAGUGUGUAUGUAUGUGUGAGUGAGGGGUAUGUUAGAUGAGUGAGUGAGUAUUUGAGUGAGUGAGUGUGUAUGUAGGGAGUGAGUGAGUGAGUGUGUGAGUGAGUGAGUGAGUUGUAUGAGUGAGUGAGUGAGUUGUAGAGUGAGUGAGUGGUGUAGUGUGAGUGGGGUUGUAUGAGUGAGUGAGGUGUAUGUAGGUAAAGUGAGUGGUGUGUAUGUAUGAGUGAGUGAGUGAGUUGUAUGGUGGGGUGGUGAGGUGUAUGUAUGGUGAGUGAGGAGUAUGUAUGGUGAGUGGGUGGUAGAGGAGUGGUGAGAUGUGAGUGAGUGAGUGGGUAUGUAUGUGUGGUGAGUGAGGAUGUAUGGAGUGAGUGUGAUGUAUGAGUGGUGAGUGAGUUGAGGUGUGGUGUGUAUGUAUGUGUGAGUGAGUGAGUAGUAUGAGUGGUGAGUGUCUGUUGAGUGAGUGAGUGAGUGUGUAUUUGGGGGUGAGGGGAGUUGUAUGAGUGAGUGAGUGAGGUGUAUGUUGAGUGGUGUGGUAGUUGGUGAGUGAGUGGAGUUGUGGUUCAAGUGGUAGUGGAGUGGUGGUGAGUAGUAUGAGUGAGUGAGUGAGGUAGUGAGUGGUGAGUGUGUAUGAUGUGGAGUGAGUGAGUGUGUAUGUAUGUGAGUGAGUGAGUAUGUAUGUGUGUUGGGAGUGAGUAUGUAUGAUGAGUGAGGGGAGUGAGUAGGGUAUUGUGAGUGAGUGAGUAUGUAUGAGUGAGUGAGUGUAUAUGUGUGAGUGAGUGAGUGAGUAUGUAUGAGUGUUGGAGUGAGUAUGUAUGAGUGAGUGAGUGAGUAUGUAUGAGUGAGUGAGUGAGUGUGUAUGAGUGAAGUGAGUGAGUGUGUAUGAGUGAGUGAGUGAGUGAGUGUGUAUGAGUGAGUGAGUGAGUAUGUAUGAGUGAGUGAGUGAGUAUGUAUGAGUGAGUGAGUGAGUGUGUAUGAGUGAGUGAGGAGUGUGUAUGAGUGGGGUGAGUGAGUGUGUAUGAGUGAGGAGGGGAGAUGUAUGAGUGAGUGAGUGAGAUGUAUGAGUGAGUGAGUGUAUAUGUGUGAGUGAGUGAGUGAGUAGUAUGAUGAGUGAGUGAGUGGAUGAUGAUUUGAGUGAGUGAGUGUGUAUGUGUGUAUGAGUGAGGAGUGAGUAUGUAUGAGUGAGUGAGUGAGUGUGUAUGUGUGUAUGAGUGAGUGAGUGAGUGAGUGAGUAUGUGUGUAUGAGUGAGUGAGUGAGUGAGUGAGUGAGUAUGUAUGUGUGUUGGAGUGUGUAUGUAUGAGUGAGUGAGUGUUUAUGUAUGUGUGAGUGAGUGUGUAUGUGUGAGUGAGUGAGUGUUUAUGUAUGUGUGAGUGAGUGAGUAUGUAUGUGUGUUGGAGUGUGUAUGAGUGUUGGAGUGUGUGUGUAUGUGUGUAUGUGUGUUGGAGUGUGUAUGUGUGUUGGAGUGUGUAUGUGUGUUGGAGUGUGUAUGAGUGUGUGUGUAUGUAUGUAUGUGUGUUGGAGUGUCAUUGUAAGUAUGCGUGAGUAGAGUCCAGUGUGUGUUCAUAGAGUCAAAAAGAGUUACUGCAAAAAGGGUCAACGCAGAUAGUCUGGGUAGCUAAUAGGUUUACUAUUUAGCAGUCUUAAGGCUUGGGGGUAGAAGCUGUUCAGGGUCCAGUUGGUUCCAGACUUAGCACUCCGGUACCGUUUGCCGUGCGGUAGCAGAGAGAACAAUCUAUGACUUGGGUGGCAGGAGUCUUUGACAAUUUUUAGGGCCUUCCUCUGACACCGCCUGGUAUAGAGGUCCUGGAUGGCAGGGAGUUCGGCCCCAGUGAUUUACUAGGCCGUAUGCACUACCUUCUGUAACGCUGAGCUGUUGUCAUACCAAGCGGUGAUACAGCCAUGCUUUCAGAGAUGCAGCUGUGUAACUCCUCAGCGGAGAUGAGUGGAGAGGAGAGGAAGGAGAGGAGAGGAGAGGAGAGGAGAGGAGAGGAGAGGAGAGGAGAGGAGAGGAGAGGAGAGGAGGAGAGGAGAGGAGAGGAGAGGAGAGGAGAGGAGAGGAGAGGAGAGGAGAGGAAACCCCUUCUCCUCUACUCUGGGUGGAGCAGAAGGAAGCUUCCUCGUUAUAAUGACUCACCCUGAAGGAAGCUUCCUCAUUAUAAUGACUCACCCUGAAGGAAGCUUCCUCAUUAUAAUGACUCACCCUGAAUGUUUAACUGUGCCUACUUUGAUCAGAGCCACUAGUUUCAAUUGCAGGGCAGCGGGGUUAAGGUAGGCAAGAUGGAGGGAGAAAGACAGAGAGAGAGAGAGAGAGAGAAAGAGAGAGAGAGAGAGAGAUAGAGGGCGACAGGGAGACAGAGAAGGAGAGAGAGAGAGAGAGAGAGAGGUCAUGCUCAACAUGAGCUCCUGAUUUAUUUGUUUUUUUUGUUUUUAGAAUGAGAUAAACACUUGAAUCUAAAAAGAAUUCAAGGCAAGAAGUGAUGAACAACAACUCUAUUAAAUCAGAAUAGAAAAAAAAGUAACUUUGCGCCUCAAAUUAAGAAGUUGACUCUCACUAGCUAGCUACACAACAAAAACCUAGCCAGCAGGCUAACAAGCCAGCCAGAAAAUUGAGCUAGGACAAACCUAGCAAGGGGAGUUAAUACAACUACAUCAAACGACCAAACUGAGUGAGUAUAUCAAAAAGAAGCACGGACUCCAACUUUAAACAUAUCUUCUGUUUUUGUGUGUGAAGAUCUUUCACUCUUUUUGCUGGUUUUUGAGCUAAACAGGAGCUAGCUAGCAACAGCAGCAGACAAACAAAACUGGUUGCCAUAGCAACGGUGCAGCAGAACAGAGCAGCAGCAGCAGUAGUAGCAGAGCCCACAGGCACCAUGUCCCCACUCCCCCUCAGCGCUGAGUCCAUUCUCUACCCUCCAGAGUCCCACAGGCACCAUGUCCCCCCUCCCCCUCAGCGCUGAGUCCAUUCUCUACCCCCCCAGAGGCCACAGGCACCAUGUCCCCACUCCCCCUCAGAGCUGAGUCCAUUAUCUACCCCCCCAGAGGCCACAGGCACCAUGUCCCCCCUCCCCCUCAGCGCUGAGUCCAUUCUCUACCCUCCAGAGGCCCACAGGCACCAUGUCCCCACUCCCCCUCAGCGCUGAGUCCAUUCUCUACCCUCCAGAGGCCUGCAGGCACCAUGUCCCCACUCCCCCUCAGCGCUGAGUCCAUUCUCUACCCUCCAGAGGCCCACAGGCACCAUGUCCCCACUCCCCCUCAGAGCUGAGUCCAUUCUCUACCCUCCAGAGGCCAAAAAUGACACAACAAGGAAAGCUUUUAAACAGAAUCUACUAAAGGGGAGGCCAGAAACCCUUUUCACAGACCUCUACAAAAACGGUGAUGUGAGUAAUCUCAUCUUUCUCACUGACCAGCCAAAUGCAUGGCGCUCAGCAGUCUGCUCUCACUACCCAUCCGUAAAGAAAGAGGGAAUCUGUAAUGGGUGGAAGCUGAAAGUCAAAGAGACAGAUGACCCUGACAGCACCAUGAUAACAAUCAACCUCAACAAGACUGGGACUGUCAUGGUGCAAGGUAACCUUAGGCUGUUUGAAACAGACUUUCAGACCAUUAAGGAGAGAGCAGAGAGAGAGAAGGACACCACCAGUGACAUGCCCUCCCACAAGACAAACUCCACCAGCACCACCCUCACCCCCACUAUCCCCACCCAAAAAGGCCCAUCCAGCACCUCUCUUCCCACCAUAGUGGAGGACACGCCCCAGGAGGAGAGCGACCCCCUCAGUGCAGAGCAGGCUCAGGCCCUCCUCACCACCAUGGCUGCCAUGAGGGAUCAGUUCACCACACUGGAGGGAGAGGUGGUCCUGCUCAGGGAGAGUGUGAGCAAACAGCAACCAGACAUCCACACCUUAGAGGAGCUCCUAACCAAGGUGCGGACAGAGCAGGACAGCAGCCUUGCAACACAGCUGAAAGAAGUUCAGCAAGAGAGAGACGGACUCAAGAGAGAGCUGGCUGAUAUAACAAAGGAGGUGAGAGAGCUCCAAAAAUACAGGCAGAGCAGUAAUAAUGAGCUGACCACACUAAGAGAGGAGCUGCAGGAGAGAAAGAGAACAGAGGACAGACUGCAGGAGCAGCUAGAUCACCACUCUAUGACCUGCCAUCACACAGCAGAGGAGCCCACCUCAACCAGCCAGGCCUCCCCAGCCCUGCCGGCUGCAUGCCUCCCCCCCAGCCCCCAGAACAGCCUCCCACUGACAGCGGCACCGGCACAGACCAGCCACACCCCAGCUCCAACACCCACCAGCCCCAACUCUACCCCCUCCAGUCCAGAAGAAACACUGGCUGAGAUUGUCCUGUUGAUGGACUCAAAUGGGAAGUUUGUUCAGGAGAAGAAACUUUUCCCUAGACACAAAACGAGAAAGGUGUGGUGCCCAACAACGCAGAGUGCCAUGGCGCUGCUUGAUAAGGCCCAGCUUGGGUCGCCAAGCCACAUAAUCAUAAACACCGGAAGCAACGACCUGCGUGCUCAGCAGGAGAGGGUGUCGACAUCACUACGGGGAGUGAUUGAGAAGGCCUCCGCAAUCUUCCUCAACUCAAGGAUCGUGGUGUCAACCCUUCUACAGAGGAAGGACUUCCACCCUGCCACAAUCCAAAGAAUAAACGGCAGCCUCUCCCGGGACUGUGCCCUGCGACCCAAUGUACACCUGGCCCAUCAUCCCACCCUCGAUCUGGACUGUCUCUAUGACCAUGUUCACCUGUACAGGGAGACAGUCCCCAUCCUUGCUAAGACUCUCAAGGACGUCGCUUUAAACCGCAUCCCGACCUCUCCACCCAGGAACAGCGGAGCAAUCUCCACCCCCCCGAGAUCACCGAGACAACACCCCGGACCAGUACCCUGGACCCCCCAGCCACGGCCACAGCACCACCAACCUCAAUGCCCACCACAUCCAGCGCAGCACAGACCACCCCAGCCCAGCUUCAGACCCACCCAGACGAGGCCUAACACCCCCCUCCCCCCCACCACAGACCCACACCUGGAGGAGCCACAGCCCGGCAGACAGAGCUAUGCACAAGCUGUGAGAGGAGCAACUGGUCCAGCUCCCACCAACGAAAUGAGUGACAUCAAACAAAUGCUGAAUCUACUAUGCUCACAUGUGAUAGGCCGAGGGUCAUGGUAA